UGUCAAAGUCGUCAAUCAUUUAUAUCAAAUAUCGUAUUUUAAAAAGUAAAUUAUUUUUUGGGUAAUACUUUUUUGUUUAAUAAAGUUAGAAAUGAUUGGACAGCAAGUAAAGAAAAUUUCCGUUUCUUUACUAUCUAAAACGAUUCCUGUAUUUUUACAAAAAAAGUUAGGACCACUUUGUUACCAAAUCCGAAAUUUAAACGUUCAUGAGCACAUCAGUUAUACACUAUUACGUGAGUAUGGAAUACCAGUUCCCAAUUUUGGGGUGGCGACAACUAAGGAUGAAGCAAAAAAAAUUGCUCAAGGUCUGAAAACUAACGAUCUUGUUGUAAAAGCUCAGGUACUAACUGGUGGACGAGGCAAAGGUACGUUUAAAAACGGAUACAAAGGUGGAGUACAACUGGUCAAAAGCCCUGACGAAGUUGCAGCAGCAGCCGAGAAGAUGCUGGGCCAAUUAUUAGUUACUAAACAGACUGGGGCAGCCGGACGAAUAUGUAAUAAAGUCAUGGUCACUGAGAGGAAAUAUCAAAAGAAAGAAUAUUAUAUUGCAGUAAUGAUGGAACGUUCAUUUAAUGGACCGGUAAUUAUAGCAUCUUCGGAAGGUGGUGUGGAAAUUGAAGAAGUUGCAGCCAAAAAUCCUGGUGCUAUUAUGUACGAACCAAUUGAUUACGCAAAAGGACUUCAGAAGAGCCAAGCAGAAAAAGUGAUUAAGAAAUUAGGUUUAGAAAAACAAAUGGAUUCAACUUUGAAAUUGCUUGAUAACAUGUACAAGCUUUUCAAAGAGAAAGACGCCCUUUUAAUUGAAAUUAACCCUUAUGCGGAAGAUAAAGAGGGUAAAUAUUACGCUUUGGAUGCCAAAUUCAAUUUCGACGACACUGCGUUUUACCGACAAAAAGAUCUGUUUAGCAAGAGAGAUUGGAGUCAGGAAGAUAUGAGAGAAGUGCAAGCGGCCAAGUACGACUUGAAUUAUAUCGCUUUAGAUGGCAGCAUUGGCUGCAUGGUCAAUGGAGCUGGACUUGCAAUGGCUACCAUGGAUAUAAUUACUUUGCACGGUGGUGUACCAGCCAACUUUUUAGAUGUUGGUGGUGGUGCCACAAAAGAAGCAGUUACAGAAGCAUUUAAAAUUAUUACAACUGAUCCAAAAGUAAAAUGUAUUUACGUCAAUAUUUUUGGUGGUAUCAUGAGAUGUGAUAUUAUAGCAGAAGGAAUCGUUGCAGCCAUGAAAGAACUUAAAAUGUCUCAACCCAUUGUUUGUCGUCUUCAAGGUACCAACGCCGAAGCUGCUAGUAAAAUUAUUUCUCAAUCAGGAUUGAAAAUUGAAGCAGAAAAUGACUUAGACAAAGCUGCGAAAUCAGCUGUUAGUAAAGCAAAGUAAUGACAAAAUUUAGUAUGUUAAUUUAAAUUUAUCUGCUUUAUCUAUCUUUAUAUAUUUUUUUACGUAU